GACCGCGCGGAUGACAAGAGGGGCGUCUCGCGGGGUCUAACCCGGGAGCUGCAGCCUGAGUCACGGCCCCGCCCUCCGGAGCCGGACGCUGCGGGAGGCCCGGGAGCUGCAGACCGCCGGACAGCAGGACACAGAGCAGCCGGCCGCGGGACGCACGAGAGAAUCGGAUCGCAGCCAUGUUCCUGGUUAACUCGUUCUUGAAGGGCGGCGGCGGCGGCGGCGGCGGGGGUGGCGGUGGCCUGGGCGGCCUGGGCGGGGGCCUGGGCGAUGUCAUCGGAGGAUUCCUUGGCGGGGGCGGCGGCGGCGGCGGCGGCGGUGGUGGAGGAGGAGGCGGUGGUGGCGGCGGUGGCACAGCCAUGCGCAUCCUGGGCGGAGUCAUUAGUGCCAUCAGCGAGGCAGCUGCGCAGUACAACCCAGAGCCCCCGCCCCCUCGUACCCAUUAUUCCAACAUUGAGGCCAACGAGAGUGAGGAGGUCCGGCAGUUCCGGCGACUCUUUGCCCAGCUGGCCGGAGAUGACAUGGAGGUCAGUGCCACAGAACUCAUGAACAUUCUUAACAAAAUUGUAACCCGACAUCCUGAUUUGAAAACUGAUGGUUUUGGCCUGGACACGUGUCGAAGCAUGGUGGCUGUGAUGGAUAGUGACACCACAGGCAAGCUGGGCUUUGAGGAGUUCAAGUACCUGUGGAACAAUAUCAAAAAGUGGCAGGCCAUCUACAGACAGUUUGAUGUUGACCGAUCUGGGACCAUCACCGGCAGGGAACUCCCAGGGGCCUUUCAGGCAGCAGGCUUCCACCUGAAUGAACAUCUCUAUAACAUGAUCAUCCGGCGCUACGCUGAUGAGGGAGGGAACAUGGACUUCGACAAUUUCAUCAGCUGCUUGGUCAGGCUGGAUGCCAUGUUCCGUGCCUUUAAAUCUCUUGACAAAGAUGGCACAGGACAAAUCCAAGUGAACAUCCAAGAGUGGCUGCAGCUGACCAUGUAUUCCUGAACGGGACUCACGCCUGCCGCUGCGCUCAAGGAGCCACCAUGGACCCUUGGUCUCUCCCGGGGCCGAUCCUAUCUGCAGUCAUGUCUGCAUGGCUCCCACAUCCACGGGCCUUUCUUCUCCCAGCCCUUGGCACCCAGCUUCUCGGACCACAGCCAGGUCCCCGUGUGCCCCAACAUGCCACGCCCUGAGUUGCCCUGGCUCUGAGACAUCCUAGUAUGCUCUGCCCAAGGGUCACCACACCCAUCUCACACCCUCUCCAUUACCUCUCCUGUACCUGUGCCAAGCCCAAUACUCAUGCUGCUCCCAUGCCCCAAGGGCCAUCGUAGUUCCGGGAAGAUCACUUGUCCCUGACGCACUCCUUCAUAGUUACCACCCAGGCAGCCAAGUAAACUCCAGCCAUUGGGCCGACAUACCCCAGUGCCUUUGCCUGUACUCUGCUCCAGCAGGCCAGGCCCAGGAGGAAAUAAAUGCGCCCCAGUUGCUACUCCCUGUGGGAUCUGACUUGU